GACCGGCAGUCUGUAGUGGCGAGGCGACAGGGCACCUCGAUGAUUUGUGUGGCAUUACAGAAGUAAAAUAUCGCUAGUGAUGACGGCCGUUAUCAGAUGACUGAUAACUGAUAGCAGUGAGGGGAGACAGACUGCUCCGUACGUCACAGCUGCAUAGAGCAAACUGCAGAGCGCACAGAGGUUGCAGUUCCUCGCCGGUCGGAUACAUUCAUUUCGGUGAUUUGUCUAAUAAAUUUCUCCACUCCUACGGCGAAGUGCUCGUAAAAAUUCUAAAAGUCCAAACAAGAAAGAUAAGGUUACAAUUCGAGAUUGCCCGCUAUCGAAAUCAUCUGUGAUAUCCGAGUCUGUGUUGAUAUCGGCGGCCAUCUUAACCGAAUGUGUGAACUAGAGUGCAUCUAAAGUCAAGAGUGCAACUGAAAUCAUUUUUGUUUUCACUCUUUCACUUUUAAAAUGUCUCCCCGAUAGUGUUGAGCUGUGUCAGGACAAAUUGUGCUUCGAAAGCUAAAACAUGAAUAAAAGAAAACUUGGUGCUGAUCGACCGAAAGAGAGGACGGUGAGUGCUAUAGUUCCCUGGGCGGCCGGCAGAGACUCUGAUCACGUGGUAGGACUGUGUUAGUGCGUACAGAGAGGACAAUCCCUUCACUAAGUGUUCCUCAACUUCUUUCCGCUGUUCUACCGACUUUAAUGUUCCUAUAAAGACUGUGUUUCGGUCACAGAAAAAAGUACAAAUCUAGAGGGUUAGCCCCCUGCAUUUUGCCCGCCAGAGACCAGGACGAUAUCCACCACGAUAUCCACACCGCUCGACCUCAGAGCCUCCCCCGGCGAAGGCCCCGGAGAGGACAGCCCCAUGUCGGCCGACAUCCAACAGCCGGUGCUCAUCCAGAGGCCAGUCUUCAAGAUGAAUCCUGCGGCCGACUUCUGGCACCAGGCGAGAGGUCCGCCGCCCAUCUCGCCCACGGACAGCCUCAACAGUAACAACAACAACAACAACAACACGAGCAGUAACAACAACAAUUCGAUAUCCACGCCGCCACCCAUGCAACCGCAAUCGCUGUUGCAGCACGCACAACAGCAGAUGCAACAACACCAACAGCAUCAGCAGCAGAUGCACCACCAGCAACAGCAACAGUCGCAGCAGCAACAACAGGCUCAACAGCAGCCCCAACAACCGCAACAACCACAACUCCAGUCUCCCAACGAGGGCCACAGCACGCCCAACAACAGCUCGACUGCCCCCGCCGGGCCUGGCACGCCGGAGCCGCCCUCUGACGGCCUGCACUCGCCCGUAGGUGGACCGUCCAACGCCCUCGCGCUGGUGGGCGACAACAAGAUGAUGAACGAUAAAUUAGUCAACGAAUUUCAGAACCGGCCCAACAGCGUGAUCUCUGACCGCACCUUAGAAGAAUGUUGGUCCACCCUCCAACGAAUCCUGAACAAGAUGCCCGAUGACACGCUCCUGGCGCAGAUCUUCAUGCACAAGUCUGCGAUGCAACUCCACGCUCGCGAGUUCCAGGGGCGAGCUCCUGAGGUGAACAAGCCGCACCAGUGUCAGCAGUGCCUCAAGUCCUUCAGCAGCAAUCACCAGCUGGUUCAGCACAUCCGAGUCCACACGGGCGAGAAGCCCUACAAGUGCUCGUACUGCGAGAGACGCUUCAAGCAACUCAGCCACGUGCAGCAGCAUACACGCCUCCAUACCGGAGAGAGGCCGUACCGCUGUCACCUGGCCGAGUGCGGGCGCGCCUUCAUCCAGUUGUCCAACCUUCAGCAGCAUCUGAGGAACCACGACGCCCAGGUCGAGCGGGCCAAGAACCGCCCUUUCCACUGCACCAUCUGCGGCAAGGGGUUCGCUACCGAGUCCAGCUUGCGCACUCACACCACCAAGUGUCCGGUCCUAAAAGUUGAGCCCUACUACCUGCCAUACUUCUUACCGAUGCGACUCCCCUCGCCCCCGCAGUCCAGUAAGCCUGACACCGCCGCCAGUAACGCUGCUUCGGACUCUAAGAAGGAGGAGGCAGAGCUGCGAGUGGACGUGCUACAGCAGCAUGCGGCGCUCAUAGGCGGACCCAACGCGACCUCGUGCCCCAUCUGCCACAAGCUGUUCCUGGGCGGCGAGGCUCUCAUGGAGCACAUGAAACACACCCACAAGGACCCCAACGCUUCUGGGGUUGCCAACGUGCCCGUGCCGUACAUAGCGAAGAGGCGGACGGCCAACCAUCCCUGUCCGGUCUGCGGCAAGCACUACGUCAACGAGGGCAGCCUGCGCAAGCAUCUGGCCUGCCACCCCGAGACCGCUCAGUACGCCACCUCUCUGCGCAUGUGGCCUUGCUCUGUCUGCCAGGCGGUGUUCACACACGAGGCUGGACUGCUGUCCCACAUGGAGCACAUGAGGAUGGACCCCAAGCACCAGUUCGCGGCCCAGUACGUGCUGAGUCGAGCAGCAGCAGAGAGGCGCGAGCGCGAGAGUCUGCUGGCGGCAGCGGCGGCUGCAGGCGGCGGCAUGGGCCUCAACCUGAACGUCGGAGGCGGUCAGAGCUCGAUGUGUGCCAGUCCAUCCGCCAACUCCGACAGUUCCAGCAACGGCGGGGGAGAGGGCAGGUUGUCCAGUGCCGGCUCUGAGGCUGGUGCAUCCUCACUGUUGUUGCACAACAACAACAAUAACAACACCACUGCCUCCGCCAAGCUCGCUGAACUCAUGGCUGGCAGAUCAGCAGGCAGCAAUGGCCACCACUACAUGAACCAGACAGGCCAGCAGUAUAACCCUGAGGAAUUGCAGAGGGCAGCAUCUGCGCUGAUAGCUCAGCAGCAACAACAGCAGCAGCAGAACCAAGGCAGCAACGAGCAGCAGAACAAUGCAGCAGCAGUAGUACAAGCUGCGGCUGCUAAUCUGGCAGCAGCCAUGCGAAUGUCCACCUCCAACCAACAGAGCCAACAGCAGAGUAUGCACAGUAUGUCUGUUGACUACAGCAAUGGACCUGUGAAUGCAAGCAGUGCGGAAAGUAUGACUUCUGCUGUGCAACUGAUGAACGCUGCGGCUGCUGUGCGGGCAUCCAUGUCUUCGAUGGUGGUGGACGCUUCCAUAAAUCAUCACCAAGGAAGUCACCAGUCCAGUCUGCAGCAACCGCAGUCUUCGUCCUCUCCAACGCUUCGUAUGCAAGAAGCAAUUCUGAGGUCUCAGGCGGAAGCAGCUCUGCGGUUGGCAGUGACUCAGGCGGUGGUGGCCUCCACGUCUCAGGGUGGAGAGAAUCCCGCACUCCGGGGACAACAUCCCAUGCAAGCCGGCUACCAGCACCACCAGGGACAGGUGUCUCCGGACCUCACAGAAGCCCUCAGGCUCCAGGAGCAGAGGCUGGAGCAGGCCCUGCGUCUCCACGGGGACCCUCGCGCGCUGGGGUUCUCCCUAUCUUCGCAGCAGCACCACAUCAACCCAUGAGGGUUCAGCUACUUCUGAAACGGAAGCAACAGCUACGAUCCUCUUCAGAGCUUCCUGGACUCGAUUUAACUAAGUCAUUGCAUUCGAUAUUAUUAUGAAUUAGUAGGGCGAGUUCGCCGCAGCAUCACCGCGGGUUGUGCGGACAGUGACCCGCGUGUCGGUGAGACAUUGCCGCGACAUCGUCCAGUCAGUGCUACAGAUCAUUUCGUUUGUACUUCACACCUCGUGUCCACUCAUCGAAACAGUUUAUGGACUUGUGCAUGUGAUAAUCUCGUGGUGGAGUACACUACGGAGGAGCGGUACUGACUCUGUACAGUUUGUCUAAUAGAUAAUUAUGUAUCGAUAGUAAGUUAUUGUACAGCGUACUGCCCGAACAGACUGUUGUAGUUGCAGCCACUCACUCGCUCCAAUUGUCGUGGCGUUUUUAUAUUAUUGUCGAUGCUGCCUGAUAUCUUUGUAACCGUUAUGGUCGUGGUACAUGGUCUUCUAAAGAAAUAUUAUUUAUUUAUUGUUAGGGUUGUUGGUCGAGCUUUAACACUGACUGUUGUUGGUUUUAGACAUUUUUUUUGUCCACGAUGGAGCAAAUAAAUUCAAAUCUUUCCUUUUUGGGCAUUAAUAUUUAGGCUUUGUAGUAAAAGAAUUUAUUGCCAGUCGGAUUCCUCACCUCCUCUCUCUCUCAGAUGACAAUAUUUUGGUUGUUAAAGAAACAUAUCAGGUUACCAAGAGAGGAAAACUAUUUUUGAUCACUUUUUACACCGGCUGGUAGCGCUCUGUGUGGCCAAUAAAUGUUUAUACCAGUGACAUUCAUAGAAAGACCAACUAAUUGUGUUGGUGUUGAUAUUAUUGUUGAUUUAUAAAUCUGUACAUGAGACUAUAAAAUAUGUAUCUUGAAAACACCUAUAUGAAAUUUUAUUCACAUGAUGAUCUUAUUACUGAUAAAGAUGACGGUUAUAAUUAUUUAUUUAGUGUAUUUUUUAAACAAUGAAAUUUAGUACCAACGACUAGAGAAUGUUUGCUCGGUUCCUGUGUGUAAGUAUGUAUGUAAAUGAAAAAUAAAUGUAUGAAUAGUGAUAAUUAUCUUGUUUUAUAUGAUUAUAUUUAAACAUGAAACACAUGUGACUGAUAUAGUUUAUGAGUUAUUUUUAUUUAGUUUGUUUUUUAUGGGGUUUGCAAUCAUUAUUGAUAGUGCAGUAUAUUGUAUAUUGUUAUUGUUUAUAAAAUAAUAGAAAUGUUAUUUUGGCUGACACAGUUGAUAAUUUUUGGUUGAACGUAAAACACCAAAGUAUUGGUAUUUUUAAAAGGUAUGGAUAUAUUCUUUUGACUAGUGCUGCAUUUAAACUUAUCAAUAUCUCUUGGGCAUUUAGCAAAUGUAUCGACCAUCUUGGGGAUAUAAUUAAUCAAAAUAUAGAAUUAUUUUAUCCUCAGUGAAUGUACAGAAUAAUAUGCGGUGAACUAGAACAAAAUCAAUUUUAGUCAGUUGUGUUUUACACUUGCGUCUGUAAUUUAGUGUAAAUUUUUUGUUUCCAAAUUUUAUAUAUUAAAUGUGUUGAUUUAUGUUAAUUAGUUCAAUUUUUGAAAGUUUUGUUAAUGUUUACGUAGUUAGUAAUUUUUAUGUUGGCUGUGAUUAUUUUGUUUUUAGUUUAUUGUGUUUUACUAACAUGAUGGACAGAUUCACGUCAGAGCUUUAAAAUGAGCCAUUUACUGGACAAAAUUUCUUGCUGUAAAUGAUUAAAUUGUAAUAUUUGAACCAAACAAAUUAGUAAGAGAAUUGGAAUUAUUGUUCUAUUGUAAAAAGGGUUCAAAUAUUUAGUUAGAUGGCAAAACGUUUUUCAAAAUUAUGUGCGGCACGAUUUUGGAAUCCAAAUUGCUUUAGCAGAAGAUUUUAUAAUCAGAAUAAAAGUAUUUCUGGUAACAUUUUAAAGCUCUUUUGUAUAUUGUAUUAUAUAUAAUUUGUUUCCUUUACAUUAAUUUUAAAAUAUUGUUAUUUUGGAUAUAAGGCAUCAUUAGAAAUGCUUCAAAUCAAUUUUGAACACAAGCACCUGCUGUAUCACUGCAAUAUUUUCUGUAUAUACACUUUUUUAGUUGUGUGAGUCUGAGAAUGAGUGAGAAUGUAUAGCUCAAUGUACAUGUAUCCAUAGCCAAGCAUUUCAUUUGUAAACUCUGGUGCGGGCAACCCUUGAUACGGAUACGGACCGACAAUACUUAGAUGAUAUUUAACUAUCCGUACCAGAUCGAAAGGUUACACUGCUCUUUAUUUUUUCACAUACUUCUGCUGUACAGUUGAGAAUAUGGCUAUACUGGUGCAUUCAGUCUGUAUCUGUAUAUCUUAUAUAUGAAUAAGUGGUCUUCUGUUUUUAUAUUAUUACAUUUUACAACCGUUUAUGUAGGAAUAAAAGUGUUGGUAUUUUUUUCUAAAUCAUUUACGCUUUUAGUACAAGGAUAUAUAAUUCAUAAUCAUAAACAUGUUUUAUUAAUUGUACUGAAAAUCUUCUUGAAGCGAUUUUUUCAACAUUGUUGUUUUUUUAGUUUAAUAAAUAAUAAACAUUCCUAUUCUGAGAUUUUUCAAUUUAUAUUAAACAAUAUUAGUGUCUUCGAUAGUAUUGUAGCUGAUUUUCUUACUGUCAAUUGUUUUCUAACUGAAUCACCAGUGUAGCACUAAUUUUUUAAAGUUAAUUAUGAGUGUACUGUAUAUUCAAUAGAACCGGUUUUAUGUAUAAAGUUUUAACAUUAAGAUUCCAUUACAAUAGCCAAUCAUUAUUUCCCACCAUUUAUGUAAUACUACAGUUAGGGCCUUACAGAUGUACAUAUUAGGCAAUAUAAGCAGUAUUGGGAUUCGCACAGAGCAGAUCCUAAACCACACAACCUGGCUCAGUCUUCUGGUAUCAGUAAAGAUGUGCAAACAUCUCCAUAGAAGGGUGGCCGAGUGUUGGGCUCGGUGGGGGGUCCUGCUGAACUCCGGGGGGGACGGCUGGCGGCUGGCGACACCCCCCCGGAUCACGAGAUCCCCCCUUUGCCGAUACACCUCCGGCCACUCCACCAAAGGUUGCCGCUCCGGUACCCGCAGUGGAACUGUCAUUAUCAGUUUUAAUUAUACCGUUGGUUGCCCAAAGCUUGAGUUGCAUCCAGGACUCCAGUCGUUAUUUUCCGACAGUUCCGGUGUGCGUACCUCCGCGGCAAUCAUCAACUAACUCGACACACAACAACAACACUUAUCCCCUCAGUUUACUGUAUCUUGAAACGUUCAAAAUAUCCUUUUGAGUUGAUCGAUUCCCUCGUAAACUUAAAAACAGUGCUCCGACAUUCCGUCUUCUUCUUUUCCGUUUCCUUCGUUUCUCUUUGCACUACUUGGCUUCGCUUCCUACCGUUCGUUCGGGUGCGUUCUUUUUCUUUCCACAGGCCGUUCAGUUCCUUUUCCACAAGACACACGUCAGUACUGGUAGUCUUAAACUAUUAUGUACAUCACUCACAAACUCGCAAAAUUUCCACAUAUUGAAAUAGUAGCCCAAUACGCGGGGGGUCUCGGCCUCUCGCGUACCACACACACACAUUUAUGACUGCAAUAGCCCGGACACAGCCGGUCAGACACCGGUUGUGCGUUUCUCCCACUUUUUCACAAUGACACGAUGCAAUAGUAACCAAGUGCACGGUACAGUGUGCCGUGUACCCACACACACAACUGAAAUAAGCAAUAGCCCAAUACAUAUACAUAAAUAGUCUGACACUAUUAUGUACAGAUGAGUGACGUUCGACCGAUUACAUAAAUAGUAUGAAACUAUUAUGUAGAACACAAAAUAAUAGUACAACACUAUUGUGUACAGCUUUUUUUAUUAUUUACAGUAUGUACUAUUAUGAUUAGUAUGUUCAAUAGCCCAAUACACGAUGACCAGAUCGUCGUGUACCAUACGCAACCAAAGUCUAUGUUUUACAAUAGCCCGAAUGUGUACCAGCCGAUGCUGAUAUGCACCACAAUGCACUUUUCCGAAGAGUUGUAAUAGCCCGGAUACAUAUAUAGUUGCCACUAUUAUGUAAGCCAUGUGAAGUAGGAUCACUGAACAAUAGACCGAUGCAAUAGCCCAAAUACCGUCCGGUAACACGGCGGUAUACAUAGCCACAUACAUAAAUAGUCCAAUACUAUUGUGUAAUAACAGCUGAAUUUUUCUAAGUAUUAGUGUUCUGUACUCUGAACAUUAGUAUGUGUAGCCGGCAGUGCAUUUCAAGCAAAAUUUGCGCUGCCUGCUACAAUAUUUUGCAAAUUCUCUGAAGUAAAUUUCAGUACCAGAACACCGAAUAUUGGUUUUAAGAGAAACAUCUUGUUAAAAAUGCUGGUAGAAAUUUGCAAAAUAUGUUAAAAGUCCAAACAUUGGAAAUCAUUUCCAAUACAAAAUUGGUUUUUGAUUUUUGGACACAGAAAAAUUUAAAGUAAUUUACAUUAAUGGAAGUUUAUGUAACAAUAUGUCAUGUUUUAAUUGUUCAAUCUACAGUAUAAUAUAUAAAGUUAUUUUUUCUGGUGUCAUAUUACAGUAAUAUCAUACUAAUUAGUUGUUGCAGCUUAUAUUAUAUGUUCCUAUCCUCUACCUUGCUUAUCUUUCGCUUUUGUUGUUCGAGCAGUCGUCUCUUGUCAUUUGACAUUUAAUUUGUAUUUCGCUCACACAUCCGACCCUCUACUAGAUCCGCAGUUAAAAUGUUAAUGCAUUUCUGUUCCUUUCCAUUCAUUUGAAAUGUCAAGAUACAAGAGAUGACUGUGCUAUUUCGUUUAAAUCCUCCACUUACAGAACCUUAAAAGUCUGGCUUUAAUUGCUGAUUGUCAAUUUAAAGUUAAGGAGUUUAAGCGAUGUAAUGUCUCCUUUUGCAAUCUUUCUCUCUACUGUUAUUUUUCUGCAUCCAGUUUGCCUAGUUUUAAAGCCCUCAGGCUACAUAAGAUACAGUAAUGUUACAAGUACAUCACGCUCAUGUGUCUCAAUAGAUAGUAUAGGUGGUACGUCGGCUCUCAUGCUCCACGCUCCACGCUCCAUACCUCAUUCUUGUUGAUGUUAUUCUGUUAACCCUCUUGUUGAUCUAUUGUUGGUGCGCUUUCUCAAAGCACUAGUUAUUGUUAUCAUUUAGCAAAUGCCACAGUUACCUACAUAGAUUAAUCUUGUUUUGUUUGAUGUUUUCAUCAUGAAUGUCUUCCUUUAUUUGUUGACUUUUUUCUUCUUGUGAUUUACAUUUUCCUUUUCUAAUUAUUUACCAAAAUUAUUCUAACCAAAAUUUCCAAUAAUACACAAUUUCUAUAUACUAUUAACCAUCAUUGUUUUCCUAUUUUUCCUCUCCUUUAUUUUGCUCCUAAAAAUAAACACUAUAAAAAAACAACACAAUUAUAUACAGUUUUUAUUUUGCUGACAAUAUAAUUAAUCUAUAUAGUCAGAGUCAGUGGUUUCUACUUUCUAUUUCGAUUUCAUAUCUUAUUCAGUUUAUCUUGUUACUUUAACAUCAGCUACACAAAGUCAGUAACAUACACUUUGCACUAAUCUGGAGUAAAUUUUUUGUAACCGUUGAGUAUGCCUUUACUUAAUUGGUGGAAUUCGAUAAUUUUAAAACACACAAACUUUACAUCGUUAUCAAACUGACCAAGUACUUUCUGGACAUAAAAUAUAAAAAUCAUUUAUCACUGAAAAAAACACGAUACUCCAUGAUAUUUUGUCUUUAACGACUCAUCGAGCUCACUAUUCUAGAUUUCACUACAAAUAAGUUGACACAAAUACGAUGUUACACGUUUCUAAGCUUUGGUCAGAGCCCUGUAGCUGCACCGUACUUGCAAGGAGAGCUGGCACGUUGAGAGUCGAGGCACCACCCCCAGUUUCAAUAGUAUCCUGAUGUUUCCACCGAACUACUCAAUAGCGAUUAUUGAGAUCAAAGAUAAAUUUUUGAGACCGCACAGGAAAUAAAAUUGUCAGUAAUAAAACUAUUUAGAGCAGAUACAGAACGUUCCACUGAGCAUCAGGUUGCUAUCGUUACUUUACAUCGCUGUAUGACAGUAAUGAUUAUUUAGCUAACUUUUAAUUUACAAUAGUUUACAGGAUGUUUCAAUAGUAUCAAUAUUACUUAGACACAAUAUGUAUUUCAGCAGAUACGAUAAGUACAGUACUCUCUUAGAUGUAUCUGUUCAUGUUUGUUCUAUUCUUUGUUUUGCCAUAUUUGUAUACAUUCUUGUUAUGAUGUUAACAGGUAUCCAAUUUUUUGUUAAUCGAACUUUAUUGUUAUAUUUACCCCUAUUAUAAACCUGUUGUGUUCCUUUAUAUUGCAAUGUAUACGCUCACCUACAACGUUCGAGUUGUUAUUUAUUUUGUUUGCAUUUUGUCCACCGAACCAAAUAUACCACCAUUAGUUUUAUCGGUUUCCGUUGUGUUGACCACGUUUUUAUAAAUUUUGGAAAUCAUUAUCCUCGAAUUUAAGUUGUUAGUUACUGUCCAGUUCCUAUUUAUGAUUUGAUAUAAAUACAAUAUGGCAGACUAGUUGUGUGAAGUGUGUAUGUUAGACAUGCAUGGGUGUGAGUCCGUUCAAUCCACUUAUGCCUUUUUAUUUUGUUUAUAUCACUCUACAUACAAAAAUUUGUAUGCACUUUGUGCGAUUUACAAAAUUGUACUGUUCGACUUUGUGUAACAAAAUUGUUGAUAUUCAUUAUAAAGUACAAUGAAUUGUAGUUCAUAUACAAUCAAAAGUAGCCAAAAUUGUUGUUUGAUAGCAAAAGUAAUUACAUUUAUGGAGAUCAAAAACAUGUUUUGGCUUGUGAUAUAUUACAAACUAUAUUAUAAAUUUAUUGUUUUCUAUAAUUUAUUAUCUUCAGCCUUUUAAAAAAAGCAAAAAUACAAAAAAAAAAUGGACAACCCAAAACUAUGUUGUGUAGUAAUAUUAUUGAUGUAUUGAAGAAAUAAAUCCUAAAAAUAUUAAUCUUG